AUGUCCAUCCGUGCGCUGGAGCUUCCAGGGGGAGUGGAGCUCACAAUCCACCAAGACAGUGAUCUGGAGAACGAUGCGGGCGCUGUUGUGUGGGACUCGGCGCUGGUGCUCAUACAUUACCUUGCCAAGCAGGUACAGCAGCAGCAGCAGCAGCAGCAGCAGCAGCAGCAGCAGCAGCAGCAGCAGCUAGGUGGCCCGCCUCGCAUUAAGCUGAUCGGCAGCCGUGUGCUGGAGCUGGGCGCGGGCACCGGCGCAGUCGGCCUUGCAGCGGCGGCGAUGGGUGCUGAGAAGGUGCUCCUGACAGACCGGCCCCACCUGCUAGGCCUGCUCAACACCAACAUUGAGGCAAACCACCUCGAGGCAAGCACCUCAGCAGCCGACUACGAGUGGGGCGGGCCCCCGCCCAAGGAGGUGACCGCAGCAGGCCCCUGGGACCUGGUGCUGCUGUCUGAUCUGGUGUAUGACCCGGACGGCCUGCAGCCCCUUGUGGAUUCCAUCAGCAUGCUGCUCGGCAGCGCCAGCACCACACAGGGCAUGACCAAGGCAGCAGGCGACGCCGUGAAGCGUGGUAGCGACGCGGCAGCUGAGGACAGCGCGGGCGCGGCGGCAGGCGCCAACGGCGGUGACGAUGGGUUGCAGCGGAGUGCUGAGGAUUUCAGCAGUCUGAGUGUGGUGGGAGAGGCGAGCCUGGGCCCCACCGUGCUGCUGGCAGUCGAGCUGCGAGCCGACACAGGGGUGGCGCAGUUUGUGCGGCUGCUGGUAAAGCGUCACUACCUGGUUGAGCAGGUGCCUUUUCAGGAGCUUAGCGAAGACUGGCGGGACGACGACAUCUGGGUGUUCACGCUCGAAUCGUGCCACCUGAUCGUCUACGACAACCGCGUGUCCCUCUGCCAGGAUAUGCAGGGCCUCACCAAGAUGAAUCGCGACAACACGGUCAGCAGCAUUUACGCCUGCGGUGGCACCAGCUUUGCGUGCCCCCUGGACAGAGUGCUCGACCUUGCCACGGCCUGCCCGAUGACGGGCCGCCAUGUUGUCUGCUUCUUCACGGAUGGGUGCGAUUGCGACCGGUAUUCUUCUCAGUGCAGCCUAGAGCACAUCACCAAGGCCCUGGGCGACAGGUCAUGGCAGGUCCACUGCUUCGGCUUUGGGCGCAGCCACGACGCGGCUUUCCUGUCGUCCCUGGCGCUGGCGGGCACCGAGCCGGGCGGCUUCAGCUACAUCCAGAACCCCUCGGCUGACCUUGAGCCUGCCCUGGACACCGUCCUCGAGGAGCUGCACAAGCAGGCUGGUGGUAGCUUCCGCUGGCUGCGCUGCACUCUGCAUGCCGCUGGCAUGUCCCAGUCCAUCAUGCUGCUGCAGGAGCAAUCUGCUGAGCCUGAUGCCAGUGGCAUGGAGGUCGGCAGCCCCAAGGACGGUGACACCUCUGUAGCCAAUGCCGGCGACGGUGCCGCGGCUUGCGUGGCGGCCGGGAGCUUGACGCUUUUCCGCGGCCACGCCUGCUUCAAGUGUAGCGCUGAUGACCUGGCGGCGGCAGCAGCCGCAGCAGGGGGCAAGGUGCAGCUCAAGCUGUCGGAGCCGGUGGGGGCCGAGCUGGAGGUGGCGCUGACCGUGCAGGAGGCACCGAUGCAGGACCUGCCUCACCAGGCCCUUGCACUUGUGAAGGACAUGGCCAUAGGCUGGACCAAUGAGCUGGCCAAUGGCAACCUGCCGCGGGACGGCAUCCUUGCCAUCCGUGACACGCUGCAUGACAUGCGCACGGGGCUGCACGCGAUGCAGGGCCGUCUGAAGGAGCUGUUGCCGCUGGGCCGCGCCGCCCACCGCGCAGCCAAGCAGGCUCUGAUGGAGGCCGCGCAGCUGCUCAACCGCUUCGAGACCGAGGUGCUGUCUCUGGCGCUGGCGGGCUGCCUCACCAACCACGCCGUUGCCCAGCUGAACGACCUGGCCUACCGCACCAUCACCAAGGCCGGCCUGCGCAACAAGCUGGAGAAGCGCAUCGGCACCAACCUGGACCUGCGCGAGGAGGUGGACGCGGCGGUGGAGGAGGCGCUCAGGGGCGCCGACGUGGCCGCGCUGCCGGACGCUGACCCGUAUGGCACGUGCGCCAUCUCCUGCUGCAACUACAAGGAGGCCCUGCAGGCUGGUGACUGCCUGUGCCUGGCGCUGGAUGUGGAGCGGCCCGAGGCAGCCAUCAUGGACCCCACCAGGCUCAUCAUCAAGGCCAUCACGCCGACGCGCAUCACCGCGGACUCCUUCUUGGACGCCCUCAACUACGCGCUGGGCUCGGCGGGCCGCGAGGCCGAGCAGGUCCACGGCGGCUUCCAGCGCGCGGAGAACGACGGCGUGGUGGUGGGCGAGGGUCGCGAGCCUAUCACGGGUGUGCUGCCGCUGUUCAUCAACCCCACCCACUGGUCGGUGGCGCGGCAGCUGGCCAAGCCGGUGUUUGGCUGGAUGUGCACGCUCAACCCGCUGGGCUACACCGAUGACCAGAUGCGCACUGUGCCCUUCCUGGUGCUGGGCCGCGCCCUGCUCGACCUCACAGACGAGGAGGCGCCCAGCGAGUUCCGCGCGUGGGUGGCGGAGCAGGUGCUGCAGACGUGCGGGGCGGUUUACCGCUGGCGCCGCCGCCGCAUGCUCGGAGACCUGGUCGGCGGCAGCGAGGACGCGGGGGCUGACGGCCAGGGCGGCGGCGGCGCGCCCGCGCGCUGCGACGAGGCGCGGCCGUCCGACGCGAAGCGCACCAAGGUGGAGGGCGGCCACGGGGCGCCCGGCGACUCGCCGCCGCCCGGCCGCGGCAUCCGCUUCCUGACCGGUGGCCCCGCGGCACGCACAGUGGACGUGGUGGCGAGCGGCGAGGUCAUGCUGAUGCAGCUGCUGUGUGCGCUGCGCGCCGGCGACGUUGCGAUGACUGCGGACGACUGGGAGGCCCUGAAGCUGGCCGUGCUGGAGGAGGAGAUGCGGCGCUGCCAGGCGCUCGCGUCCUGGAACGUGGAGCUGGGCACCGCCGGCGCGGCGGCGCGCGUGAUGAACCUGGACCCCGAGGCGGCCGCGGCCGCGGCGGUCGCGCGCUGGGACGACGCGCGCCCGCAGGGCGGCGACGGGCCGACGCUGGGCAGCCCCGAGAGCCUGCAGCAGCUGGAGCAGGGCGUGGUGGCGGCGGCGGCGGCGGUGGACUGGGCUGCGGCGCUGGCGGGCGGCCGGGCGGCGAGGGAGCUGGCGGUGGCGCAGAAUGCGUACGAGGCGAGGGUGGCGCCGCUGCUGCGGCUGCUGGGCGUGGUGCAGGCCGCGUCUGCCUCUGGCAGCCCUGUGGGUGCCGCCGCCCUGGGUGCCUGGGCGCCGCCCGCCAGGGUGGCAGAGUGGCUGACCCCGGCGCAGCUGGCCGCGCUGCUGUUGCAGAACGGCGAAACCGACAAGAACUCGGAGCGGCGCGCUUGGAUCGCAGAGGGGUGGUACGUCGACCCUUUUGUGCAGGCUGAGGAGGUCCUGCGGCGCCUGUGGAAGAGGGAGGUGUUCUCACGCGUCCAGGCAGCCGCCCAGAACGCACGCGGCACGUCCGAGCGCCUGGCAGCCAGCAGGCGCGCGGCGCGUUUCGGGGCCGCGGCGACGCUGGAGGAGGCCGCCGAGGCGAUGGCCGGGUGGCGGCUGGGGCGCGCGGCCGACCUGCGGCUGAUGGUGGACGCGGUGUGCACGGAGGGCGCGGCGAUACCCGCCGCCAAGAUGCGCCUGCUGAUGGGCUGGGACCACGCGGGGCGCCGCCUGCGCGAGGACAAGGCCAGGGAGGGCGCGGAGCAGGCGCCGGGCGUCAGCGGCUGGGCGCCGGCGCGGCGCGUGGUGCACCGCUUCCUGGGGACGCACCGCCGCACCAUAGGGGUGGACGAGGCGGUGGAGCUGUUCCGCGGCGUGUUUGGCCGCCGCCUCAGUCACGCACUGACGGAGGCGUACAUCAGGCAGCAGUACGCCGGCAACUUCCCCAACUGGCACUGA